CUGGUGCUCAAGAUAAAAUUGGCUGGGCCUUUGGCCUAGGAUUAGAAAGACUGGCCAUGAUCCUCUAUGACAUCCCUGACAUCCGCCUCUUCUGGAGUGAGGAUGAGCGCUUCCUGAAGCAGUUCCGUGUGUCUGAUAUCAACCAGAAGGUGAAAUUUCAGCCUCUUAGCAAAUAUCCUGCUGUGAUAAAUGACAUUUCAUUCUGGUUGCCCUCGGAGAAUUACACAGAAAAUGAUUUCUAUGACUUAGUACGAACAAUUGGAGGAGAUUUGGUGGAAAAAGUUGAUCUUAUAGACAAGUUUGAACAUCCAAAGACACACAAGACCAGCCACUGCUACCGCAUCACCUACCGCCACAUGGAGCGGACUCUGUCCCAGAGGGAGGUGACUCGCAUCCACCAGGCCGUGCAGGAGGCCGCGGUGCAGCUGCUGGCCGUGGAGGGCAGGUUUUGAUGGCGCAGCCGCACCGAGGAUACGGCCCUCAGGUCUCUCGGAUUCACUGAAGAAAAAAAAGGAUAUUGUUUUGAUAAAAGCGUCGGUUUUAGGACUCUCCGACAAUAAAGGAUCGCUCCUGAAAAACUGUU